UCCCCGCGCGGACAUGGCCGGCCGCGUCCUCCGCCUGCUAGCCCUCCUGCUCGUGCUUCCAAGCGGCUGUCUGGGUUACAGAAGCCCACUGUCGGUCUUUAAGAGGUUUAAAGAAACUACCAGAUCAUUCCCCAAUGAAUGUCUUGGUGCCUCCAGACCAGUAAUUCCAAUUGAUUCGUCAGAUUUUGCCAUGGAUAUUCGCAUGCCUGGGGUUACCCCUAAACAGUCUGAUACGUAUUUCUGCAUGUCCUUGCGGUUGCCAACAGAUGAGGAAGCCUUCGUGGUUGACUUCAAACCUCGUGCCAGCAUGGAUACUGUCCAUCAUAUGUUACUUUUCGGAUGCAAUAUGCCUGCAUCCACUGGAAGUUACUGGUUUUGUGAUGAAGGAACCUGCACAGAUAAAGCCAAUAUUCUUUAUGCCUGGGCAAGAAAUGCUCCCCCCACAAGACUCCCCAAAGGUGUUGGAUUCAGAGUUGGAGGAGAUACUGGAAGUAAAUAUUUUGUCCUGCAGGUGCACUAUGGGGAUAUUAGUGCUUUUAGAGAUAAUCACAAAGACUGUUCUGGUGUGUCCUUACAUCUCACACGUCUGCCACAGCCUUUAAUUGCUGGCAUGUACCUUAUGAUGUCUGUUGAUACUGUUAUACCAGCAGGGGAAAAAGUGGUAAAUUCUGACAUUUCUUGCCAUUAUAAAAACUAUCCAAUGCAUGUCUUUGCCUACAGAGUUCACACUCACCACUUAGGUAAGGUAGUAAGUGGAUACAGAGUGCGAAAUGGACAGUGGGCGCUGAUUGGACGACAAAGCCCCCAGUUGCCACAGGCUUUCUACCCAGUGGAACACCCAGUAGAUGUAAGUUUUGGUGAUGUACUGGCAGCAAGAUGUGUAUUCACUGGAGAGGGAAGGACAGAGGCCACUCACAUUGGGGGCACUUCUAGUGAUGAAAUGUGUAACUUAUACAUUAUGUACUACAUGGAAGCCAAGCAUGCGGUUUCAUUCAUGACCUGUACACAGAAUGUAGCCCCUGACAUGUUCAGAACCAUACCAGCAGAGGCCAACAUUCCAAUUCCUGUGAAGUCUGAGAUGAUUAUGAUGCAUGGCCAUCACAAAGACACAGAGAACAGAGAUAAAUCUUCUUUACUACAGCAACCAAAACAAGAAGAGGAAGUGUUAGACCAGGGUGAUUUCUAUUCACUACUUUCCAAGCUGCUAGGAGAAAGGGAAGAUGUUGUUCAUGUGCAUAAAUAUAAUCCUACAGAAAAGGCAGAAGCAGAGUCAGACCUCAUAGCCGAGAUUGCAAACGUAGUCCAAAAGAAAGACCUUGGUCGGUCUGCUGCCAGAGAGGGUGCAGAACAUGAGGAGAGGGGCAAUGCUAUUCUUGUCAGAGACAGAAUCCACAAAUUCCACAGACUAGAAUCUACUCUGAGCCCAGCAGAGAACAGAGUUUGCUCAUUGCAGCAACCUCUUCCUGGUGAAGGCACGUGGGAACCAGAGCACACAGGAGAUUUCCAUGUAGAAGAGGAACUGGAAUGGCCUGGAGUUUACUUGCUCCCAGGCCAGGUUUCUGGUGUGGCUCUGGAUUCUGAAAACAACCUGGUCAUUUUCCACAGAGGUGACCAUGUCUGGGAUGGAAAUUCUUUUGACAGCAUGUUUGUUUACCAGCAAAGAGGACUUGGACCAAUUGAAGAAGACACUAUUCUUGUCAUAGAUCCAAAUAAUGCUGCAGUACUCCAGUCAGGUGGCAAAAAUCUGUACUCUGUGUUCAAACUGGAUCCAAGCAGUAAAGAAGGCCCUCUGUUAAUCCUGGGAAGAAGUAUGCAACCAGGCAAUGACCGGUAUCACUUCUGUCAACCCACUGAUGUUGCUGUGGACCCAGAAACUGGAACUAUCUACGUCUCGGAUGGUUACUGCAACAGUAGGAUUGUACAAUUUUCACCAACUGGAAAGUUCAUCACACAGUGGGGAGAAGAGUCUUCAGGAAACAAUCCUAACCCAGGCCAGUUCCGUGUUCCUCAUAGCUUGGCCCUUGUACCCCAUUUGGGCCAGUUAUGUGUUGCAGACAGGGAGAACGGACGGAUCCAGUGUUUUAAAACUGAAACCAAAGAAUUUGUGAGAGAGAUCAAGCAUGCAGCAUUUGGAAGAAACAUUUUUGCAAUUUCAUAUAUACCAGGUUUGCUUUUUGCGGUGAAUGGGAAGCCUUACUUUGGGGACCAAGAGCCUGUACAAGGAUUUGUGAUGAACUUUUCUAACGGGGAAAUUAUAGACAUCUUCAAGCCAGUACGCAAGCACUUUGACAUGCCUCAUGAUAUUGUGGCAUCUGAAGACGGGACCGUGUAUGUUGGAGACGCUCACACUAACACCGUGUGGAAGUUCACUUCAACUGAAAGAAUGGAACAUCGAUCAGUUAAAAAGGCUGGCAUCGAGGUCCAGGAAAUCAAAGAAGCCGAGGCAAUUGUUGAAACCAAAAUGGAGAACAAACCCACCUCCUCAGAACUACAGAAGAUACAAGAGAAAGAGAAACGGUUCCAAGAGCCCGGAUCGGGAGUGUCCGUUGUUCUCAUUACAACCCUUCUGGUUAUUCCCGUGGUUGUGCUGCUGGCCAUUGCCAUAUUUAUUCGGUGGAAAAAAUCAAGGGCCUUUGGAGCAGAUUCUGAACACAAACUCGAGGCAAGUUCAGGAAGAGUACUGGGAAGACUUAGAGGGAAAGGAACUGGCGGCUUAAACCUUGGAAACUUCUUCGCGAGCCGCCAGGGCUACAGCCGAAAAGGGUUUGACCGGCUCAGCACCGAGGGAAGUGACCAGGAGAAAGAUGAGGAUGACGGGAGUGAAUCGGAAGAGGAGUACUCGGCCCCUUUGCCUGCACCGGCACCGCCCUCCUCCUGAAAACCAGGCUGUGCUGUAGCUGGAGCAAGACUUUACCAAGAAUGCCAGAGCCCUUCCCUUUAGCACGUUUAAACUUUUGUGUAUUUAAUUGUAACCGUACUAGUCUAUGUGGGACUGUACACAUUUUAUUCACUUCCUUUUGGUGUGGCUGGUUUCUGUUUCUAGUUGAGGGGUUUCCUAAAAGCUCAUAGCUGUGCCAUUGUCUUUAUAUGAGCAUAGAGUAGAGACACCGUCCUUUUCCUCCAUCGCAGUACUAAUUUAAAUGAUGGAAUGUUUGCUCAUGCACAUUUUCGAGACUUUUCUGUGGAUGUAAAAUCAGCCCACUCUCGCUUGAACACAGUAUUUCUCCAAAAGCACGCCUGUUGCCAGUGUGUUUCUCUGGUGCCUUUCCUGUUCAGCAUUCUCAGCCUGUGGCAGUAAAGAGAGACUUUGUGCUACAUGAUGACCAAGCUGCUAAAUCUCCUAUUUUUUUAAAAUCACUAGCAUUAUAUUGCAACGAGAAAAAGAAAAAAAAAAGUCUCUAUUUAAAUUCUUCCUUUUAGUUUUCUUCUGUUGGUGUGUUUCCGGGAUGUCUUAUUUUUAGAUGGUUACACUGUUAGAACACUAUUUUCAGAAUCUGAAUGUAAUUUGUGUAAUAAAGUGUUUUCAGAGCA